AGGUGAGUCGCGUAGGGUGGUGCGGCGAGGCUACUAGGCGCGCCGCGAGGAAGCAGAGGCCAGUCUCGCUCUGAUCUUAUAGUCGUUGGGAACUGUGAGCCUCCGUUGCAGAGAUGGGUUGUGUUGCUGUUGCUGCUUUUCUGUUCCUCAUGGCCCAGGCAAACUGCCAGUUGCAGUAUGCCGAUCACGCCCCAUACUACCUGCCACCGGUGGUGCCAGUCACGGAGACGGUGACGGUGACAGUGACCCAAACAAUACGUAUCCCUGUGACGUCCGACAUUUGGGUGAGCACAGCGAUUCCAUACACUGUAAGGGUGACGAGUCUCGCCACUGACUACACCUACGUCCCUGACGACGCGGAGACAGUCACCGCCGUCGUUGCCGUCACAAACACGCCAAUCUCCUUAGUACGCGAGACGAGCUGCAUCAACCCAGUACGGACGGCGGUGUCUGUCUUCACUUCCUUCUUGACCGACACGGAGAGGAAGGACUUGUACCACACCGUUACUCACGUCAAUGUUCAUCACGAGAUCAACACCGUGGCAGUGCCGUCCGUCCAGACCCUCGUACAGAGGGUUACCACCACCACCAUCCUGUUCACCACCGCCACUGUCACUUCCACUACCUUCGGCUACUACCAUUAAAACUAGGUCAAUUGAUGAAAUAAUGUAACUGUUACUUGAAUAAAGUAUUAUUAACAUGC